AUGAAGUCUGCCCUGCCACUUGUUGCUGCUCUCACUUUUUUUCAAAUCUGCUCCUCUGGUUCCGUGAGCCGUCCGACCAACUGGCUCAGACAAUGCCGGGCCGCCACCAACAUUUCCCUGACGGCCCUGGAAGUCCUGCCAGGGGGAGGCUGGGACAACCUCCGGAACUUGGACGUGGGCCGAGUGAUGAACCUCAGCUACUUCCAGUGCCAAACCACCGAGGACGGGCUUUACCUCAUUCCAGAUGAGGUGUUUGUCAUCCCUGAGAAGGAGACAGGCGUGGAGACCAACUCAGAGAUAAUCAGCUCCUGGCUGGAGCAGAAAAGCACCACAUCUCACUCCAUAAAUGCUGAUGCAUCAUUUUUCUCAGUUCUGAAUGGCAAGUUUUCGUCUGAGAACACAAGGAUGAAAUCACAUCAGGUCAAGGAUUCUUCGACUACAGCCAGAGUACAGGUCCGUGAUUUCAUCUACACUGUCAAAGCUUACCCAGACUUCACACUGGAUUCCCGCUUUGCUCAGCAAGCCAAAGAAAUUGCUGAUGCAAUUGAAAACAAUCAGACGAGGGACGCAAACUAUCUCUCAGAGAAGAUGGUGCUGGACUAUGGAACCCAUGUUAUCACCAGUGUAAAUGUUGGGGCAUUGCUGGUGCAGGAAGACUAUCUCCGUUCCUCUUAUGUGUCAGACAGUUCUUCAGAUACCUCCACUCUAAAAGCUCAGGCUGGGUUAAACUUUUUUGGCAAACUAAAAUUUGACAUUAGCAGUCAGUCUAGCCAACAAAGCUCAUCACUUCAAACAUACCAGUCCAAUAUUCAGUACUCCCUCAUCCAAAGCCAUGGGAGCAUUCCUUUUUAUCCUGGAAUCACUUUGGAGAAGUGGCAAGAAAAUACCAGGAAUAAUCUGGUUGCUAUCGAUCGAUCUGGGUUCCCCAUCCACUAUUUUAUAAACUCAAAUACUUUUCCUGACCUCCCAGAACCUACAGUUGCCAAAGUGGCUAAUAAAGUAAAAGAGGCAAUAGGGCUUUACUAUGAAGUCAACACCCGUCCUGGGUGUGUUGACGUCAAUUCUAAAAACUUCAACUUUCAAGCCAAUGUGGAUGACAACUCAUGUGAUGGUCCAGCCACCAACCUUAGUUUUGGAGGAGUUUACCAAGUAUGUACCAAACUCACUGCAGAUGCUGAACCACUUUGUGAUAGACUUGCCCAGAAAAACAUAGAGACAGGUGAUAACUCCUGUCGCUAUCCUUAUACCCCAACUUUACUGCAAUCAGAAGAGAGACAGGAGGGUUAUACAUCAAUGGAGUGUCACGAUGAAACAUAUUCAUGUGGCUUUCUAGGGUGGAUUGAUUGUCAUGAAAAUGUUUGCAAUGAUGUGAACUAUGUUCGGUCUGCUCGUAUUGAUACGUACUGGUGUUCUAUGAAUGUAAAAGCAUCAGAAAACUCUGGAUAUCUGUUUGGUGGCAUAUAUGGCCCCUCUUUCCUGAACCCCAUCACCAAAUCCAAAGGCUGUCCUCCAAACUUUAUCCCAGUAAAGUUCCUAUCGGAUGGCCAAAACAUCUGUGUGAGUAAUGACUAUGAGAUCGGAACAAGGUACUCUGUACCAUUUGGAGGUCUCUUCAGCUGUAAAUCUGGUAACCCACUGGCUAAAAAUCAACACAGAUGCCCUCCCAAGUUCAGUCAACAUGUAGCUAGUAUCAGUGAUGGUUGUGAAAUUCUUUACUGUGUCCAGUCUGGAUUGUUCACAGGGGGUGAGCUGCAACCAAUCCAUCUUCCUCCAUUCCGAAAAACUCCUCUUCUCAGCUUGCAACCCACCAACAAAGUGAUGGUGAUAACUGAAAGAGAAAAUAGCUGGGUCAGGCUGGGUCAGACUAAAGCAUGGACAUUUGUGAAGUCAGAGGAAAUCCCAGAACUUAUUAGGAAGUUCAACUCAGAACUGAAUGAGAUGUCAAGUACAGAGAAAGGAGGAGUGGCUUUUGGAGUGAUGGGUUUUAUAGGACUGGUGGUCAUAGUGGCAGUGAUUGUGGUUAGGAAGAGGAGGAGGUACUCUGGUCUGAGGGCACAAGGAUAUGUGGAAAUAGGUGAAGUAACAGAGAGGGAUGCACUCAGAGAAGAAGCUUAAAACAAUAUUAAAUGGAUUU